AUGGCGUCAAACCAACAACCGAACACAUCGCUUACCUGGGCGCCAUCGUUCAAAGAGGACGAUUCUAGAGUAGGCUUUCUGGACCUACCACGCGAGCUUCGAGAUCUAGUCUAUGAGUUCGCGUUUCGCGUCCCAGGCGCGAUUCUCGUUUACUCGCGCGACCCCUUUGCUGUCCGGCCAGUCGCGAGAGCAAUGAACAUCCGGCAUGGCGGUGACGGACCGAUUGAACCGCAACCGCUAAGCACUGGCCAAAUACCUGUCGCACUUUGGAGAACAUGUCGACAGCUUCGGGCGGAGAGCAGCCCAGUAUUUUAUGGAAUGAACGUCCUCUCUUUCUGGGCCCUAGGCAACAUCAACGUCGGACUUGCCAACAUGUGUUUAGUAAGGCACGUUUUAACUGAAGCAAGUCCUCGCGGCAUCUUUGAGAAGUCUCUCGAGCAUGUGAGCUAUUGCUGGAAGAGACGGUUUUGGCCUGAGGUAUUACGCAAUGGCAAGACGAUAUUAGAAGAGUUUCCAAACUUGGAAACACUGACAUUCUCAUUGAAGCCGCCGCGUGGGACGAACUUCAAACCGGCUUUCUUCGCUGUGACCAACAAGACUAGGGAGCAGCGUGUUGGUCUGGUUGCUACUUGGAUGGGUCAAAGGUCUUGGUGGGAAGACGAGCGAAUGCGUCAGAUCUUGCACCUAGAGAUGGUACCAUCGCCCGGUUUAUCGAAAGAUGAAUACGCAGGUUCGCGAUUCGUUCCUGAAGACGAUGAUGUCUGGGAUUGUACAGAGUUUACGGAUGCAUUCGAGCAGAUGAAAAACUCGAUGCAGUCGGACGCGCGUGUUGACGCUUCGAUCGGAUGA